AAUAAGUGAACAACUACAAAUACAAAACUUAUAAUUUGUGUAUUUGAGUUGGUUUAUUAACGUUCAGCUUAAGCGUAAAAUCAAACAAAUUCACACACAACAAUGUCAGAAAAUUUACCUUCAACUUCAACAGCUCGCAUUCACUACAGCGAUGAAGUUCUGCUGAGCGAUGAAUAUCGUGCCGAAUAUCGACGCCAAGAAUUCGCCAGCAAAGAAUCCAUCAAUGUAACACCCUCCGCCUCGCCGCACGGCUCACCACAGUCUCGCCAAAGAUUAAGCCAGCAUCUAAGUAAAUCGGCUACCGAACUGAAUGGUCGUCAAGAAUCACCACAAGUCUCACCAAAACGAGCCAAAAGUGCGGCUGCUCCUCAUUCAAGUAGUGUCUCCGGUUCGGGGGUAUUUCAAAAAACCCAUGGCUUCUUUAAUAACCUCAAACAUCGUUGGGGUCGUGCGAAGAGCAAAGAUCGUGUAGGACGUAAAUCACCCAGUGAUUUUCUCGAAGAAAGUACCGACUAUGCAGCCGAUUACAGUUCGGAGAGCAGUUCGGUUACCCAAAGUCCCAGACAUCGUUCGAAAACUAUAGGCGGUUCACCACUAGCCAAGGAAUUUAAGGCCACCGCCAAAAUGGCUCAAGUGAUUCAAAGAUUUGGUGGCUCCAUGGAGGGUCGCAUUGAUGAAGAUCCAGAGAAUGGUGCCAUUGGCUCAGAUUGCCAAGUGACCUCCAUGCAAUUGGAACAUUUGCAGGCUGAAGAAAUGCGCCGCAAAAAGGAAGCCCAAUUACGUCAGUACGUCUUCUUUCAAUUACGUGUUCAUCUCAAGAGCGGCAGUGAUUUAGUGGCCAUGGAUAAAAAUGGUUUAAGUGAUCCUUAUGUUAAAUUUAAAAUGGGUGGCAGACUAUUGCACAAAUCACGUACAAUACAUCGAGAUUUAAAUCCGGUGUGGGAUGAAGUAUUCGUGGUGCCCAUAGAAGAUCCCUUUGAGCCAGUUGUUGUUAAGGUCUUUGACUAUGAUUGGGGUUUGCAGGAUGAUUUCAUGGGUUCAGCUAAAAUUGAUUUGACACAAUUGGAAUUGGGCAAAGCAGAGGACAUCAAUUUGCCUUUGAAUGAUGUCAAUCAUCCGGAACGUCAAAUGGGUGAAAUAUUAAUUAACUUAACAUUAUGGCCACGUUCCCAAGAGGAUAAGGAAAUGGUAAGUCAUUUCCAACGUAACUCCAAAUUGGCUGAGUCAUCGAAACGUUUAAAGUCUCAAAUCUGGAGUUCAGUGGUCACGAUUUUAUUGGUUAAGGCCAAGGGUUUACCUUUGGGUGAAGAUGGCAACAAACUUAAUGAUAUCCAUAUCAAAUUUAGACUGGGCAAUGAAAAAUACAAAAGCAAAUCCUCUUGGACCGAACGUUGGCUGGAACAAUUCGAUUUACAUCUGUUUGAUGAAGAACAAAAUCUAGAGAUUUCUCUGUGGAAUCGCAAUACCCUCUAUGGCAAGGCUUCCAUUGAUCUUAGUGUUUUCCAGCGCGAAACCACUCAUGGUAUUUGGAAACCCUUCGAAGACUGUCCCGGUGAAGUGUUUCUUAUGUUGACCAUAAGCGGCACCACGGCCCUAGAAACUAUAAGUGAUUUGAAGGCUUUCAAGGAGGAUCCUCGUGAGUUGCAAGUUCUAACGAAUCGUUAUCGCUGGCAUCGUUGUUUUCAAAAUCUACGCGAUGUUGGCCAUUUAACGGUGAAAGUGUUUGGUGCUCAGGGUUUGGCUGCUGCUGAUAUUGGCGGCAAAUCAGAUCCAUUCUGUGUGCUAGAGUUGGGCAAUGCAAGACUGCAGACACAAACGGAAUAUAAGACUUUAACGCCAACGUGGAAUAAGAUAUUUACAUUCAACGUCAAAGACAUAACCCAGGUUCUAGAAGUUACUGUAUAUGAUGAAGAUCGGGACCAUAGAGUAGAAUUUUUGGGUAAACUUGUUAUACCACUACUGCGAAUUAAAAAUGGUGUCAAACGAUGGUAUACACUAAAAGACAAAAACCUAUGCACUCGGGCCAAAGGAAUGUCACCACAGAUUCUACUGGAAAUGAACGUGGUAUGGAACGAAAUUCGAGCAGUGUGUAGAGUUCUGCAACCCAAAGAGGAGAAAUUAAUACAACAAGAAGCUAAAUUCAAAAGACAACUAUUCCUACGUAAUGUCAAUAGACUGAAAGUUAUAAUAAUGAAUAUAUUCGAUGCCGCCAGAUAUAUACAAUCCUGCUUUGAAUGGGAAAGUCCAGUACGAUCGGCUAUAGCUUUUACCUUAUGGGUUAUAGCGUGCAUAUAUGGUAAUUUGGAAACUAUACCUCUAGUAUUACUGCUGAUUAUACUCAAAAAAUGGCUAAUAAGAAUGAUAACCGGUCAGUCAGAAACCGGUGCUGGUAACUAUGAUUAUGACUAUGAUGAAGACGAUGAAGAUGAUAAGGAAAAGGAAGAGAAAAAGUCCAUUAAAGAGCGUUUGCAGGCCAUACAAGAAGUAUCUCAAACUGUGCAAAAUACUAUAGGAUAUUUGGCCUCUUUGGGAGAGAGCACUAAGAAUACCUUUAAUUUUUCCGUCCCCGAAUUGACCUGGCUGGCAGUAGUUUUACUAGUUGGUGCUAUUGUGGUAUUACAUUACAUACCCAUACGUUUUCUGUUAUUAUUUUGGGGCAUAAUGAAAUUUACCCGCAGAAUACUGAGACCAAAUACUAUACCCAACAAUGAGCUAUUGGACUUUUUAUCGAGAAUACCAGAUGAUGAGGAAAUCAAUCAAUUUCGUGAACUACCACCCACUCCAGCAUCCGAAGCUGCUCGAAAUAACCCAAAAAAGAAAUUCAAAGCAUCAUAGUCCAUAGCUAGUACGGAUGACACCGACAUAAUGAUGGAUUUGUAUGGUGCUCGUGAGACAUCAACGAGCAAAUCAAUGGCCGUUUUACCGCAACAGGUUGUCAAUAUAUCGCAACGUUCCAUGCGCAAUGUAUCCAACAUGAUUAAGACCGGCACCGAUAAUAUCCGCAUGACAGCAUUUAAAAAAAUGAAACAAAAGUACGCAUAAAUCAGAUGACAUAAAUAAACUAAGUAGUUUAAUUUAGGAAUA